AACAUUCACACUCGCGUACAGUUACCCACAAGCCCCGCCCACUUACCGAGAGCUCCGCCCACGUAUUACAGCGUGAGUGAGCGAGCGAGAGAGAGAGAGAGAGAGAGCUGGAAGCUGUCCACUCCUCCGUGAGCUGUGCACAGUGCGCGCUGAGACUCCGGAGCUCCGCGCCCCCCCCUACACACACACACACACACACACACUCCGAGCUGAGAGAGAAGGAAACACACUCCGAGCUCACAGAAUAAGAGACAGAUCGCGGAGGAGGAGUGUUUUUUAUUCUUUUUAUCUGGAGGACGCGACAAACCGGACUUUAGCGGGGACGCGCGCGCAGAAGAGCUGAAUUCGUCUUCAGUUUUUUAUUAGUAUUAUUAUUAUUUUCUUCAGUCCGGCUGUGUGUUUGCACGCGUGAAAAGUGUGUGUGCGCGAUGCUGAUGAGAUGAGAAGAGAGACAUAUGGAACAAGCAGAACAUCAUCCUCAUCCUCAUCCUCACACACGCACCGGGGCUGCUGAAGACGCCGGACCGCGCUCGCGCUCAGGGUUUCCUCUGCUGCACCGUGACCGUGUGUGUGAGAGUGUGUGAGAGUGUGUGUUUGAUAACGAGGGGUACAGCUUCAGCACCGGAUCUACACACAGCUCACAGAACAGAACAGAACAGAACAGAAGACUGGAUCUUGAUUUGUGUUUUUUUUUUCUUUUCCGGAGUCUUUCAUUCUGAAUUUCGGAUAACUGACCGCGCAGGAGUGUGAUUACGGACACACACACACACACACACACGCGCGCGCGCGCAGACACGGGAGGACAGAGACGGAGUCUCUGUGUGCGGAGUUCACCUCCAUCCCGGAUCAGAUUAACGAUGUCCCGCAGCGUGAUGGACUCGGUGAUGUCGUCUUGGGCGCCACUUUUCCUCGUCCUCCUGUUCUUCUUCCUCUCCCCCUCUCUCAGCUCCAUCAUGUACCACCUGCGGGAGGAGCAGCCACCCAACACACUCGUGGGCAGUUUAGCGUCAGAUCAGGGACUUCCUGAUUCCGGUCACCUGUACAAACUGGAGGUGGGCGCCCCCUACCUGCGGGUGGACGGGAAGACGGGCGAUAUUUUCACCACAGAGGUUCCCAUCGACCGCGAGACACUGAAAGACUGUCGCAACUUGUUCGAGGGUGACCCAUGCUUCCUGGAGUUCGAGGUUUCCAUCACGGAUCUGAUGAAAGGCUCCGGCCCGCGGCUCAUUGAAGGCCGGAUCGAGAUUCAAGAUGAGAACGAUAACACGCCGCAGUUCUCUUCACCCAUCCUGUCCAUAUCCAUUCCUGAAAACACCCUUGUGGGGGCGCUGUUCUCCAUCCCCGUAGCCACCGAUAAGGACACGGGCAGUAACGGAAUCGCAGAUUACUCACUAACGACGGGUCCCGACGCAGCGUCGCUGUUCAGCCUGCAGGUGGCAGAGAAUGCGGAUGAGAAAGUUCCACAGCUGAUCGUGAUGGGGACUUUGGACCGUGAACAGCGUGACUCAUACGAUCUCAACAUUAAAGUGGUGGACGGUGGAAAUCCUCCACGCUACAGUAGCGCUCUCCUGAGGAUCACCAUUACCGACACCAACGAUAACGUGCCCAAAUUCGAGCGCACGCACUAUGAAGGGGAACUUGCUGAGAACAGUCCUACGGGUCACUCCGUCCUGCAGGUGAAGGCCAAUGAUGCUGACGUGGGAGAUAACGGCGCGGUCACAUACAUUAUCUAUCAGCCACCGUCCACUGUGCAGCGCCUCCUCAGCAUUGACCGAAACACCGGCAUCAUCUUCGUCAAAGGUCCAGUUGACCGCGAGGACGUGAGUCUGCUCAAAUUCUACGUCCAGGCCAAAGACAACGGCCCACAAUCCAAGAGCUCCAAAGUCCUGGUGACCAUCACAGUGAAGGACAGGAACGACAACCCACCGCUCAUCAGGAUCCGCGGAUUUGCCCUGGUGGCUCACGAGGAUGGGAUUGCUAACAUUUCUGAGGACAUGCCUGUGGGGACUCCAGUGGCUCUUGUGGAAGUGACGGAUCGAGACGAGGGUGAAAAUGCAGUGGUGACUUGUGUGGUGGCCGGAGAUGUACCGUUCCAGCUUCGUUCCGCAUCAGACACAGGAAGUCGGAGGAAGUAUUUCCUGCAGACCACAACACCACUGGAUUAUGAACGGGUCAAGGAAUACAGGAUUGAGAUUGUAGCUGUGGAUUCAGGGAACCCAGCUCUUUCCAGCACCAACUCGCUAAAGGUCCAAGUCACAGAUGUGAAUGAUAACGCUCCGGUUUUCUCCCCGUCUAUGUAUGAGGUGGACUUUCCAGAGGAGAAUCAGCCAGGCGAUAAGGUUUUGGAUGUAGUGGCCACUGAUGCAGACAGUGGCACCAAUGCUGAGCUCACAUACAGUAUUAUCUUAGACUCGGCCAUCAAGGGACUCUUUGAGAUCAACCGUAACACAGGAGAGGUCCGAGUGAUGGACCAGUUAGACCGUGAAUACAGAGAACGCUA